CGCGCUCGCCGACCGCUAUUCUUCUGCUUCUGUAUAAAUUGUUCAUUUUUUCUCUCUUUCAUCAUUUGAUUCUUGUUGGAAGGUCCAGAUUUUAAUAUUACAUUUGCCAGUGUAAGUUUCAUAAAUCUGCAGUCAUUCAAUUUGAUCAUCCGUAAUUCAAUUCAAGUGUUCUUAAUUAGGACUUUAAACACUGAAGAUACGCUCGGAAUUCUGCGUGCAAGCGACAACUUCUUCUCCAAGGUAUCAGAAUUCAAGCCUCUCCUUGACUUCAUGAGGCCAUUUGUAUUUUGAAUUUUCCUUUAAUUAUGUGUUUAAUCUCUGAAUUCCGGUGUCCAAACGCGGUUUUCUUCGGGGUGAAUUACGGAGACGAGAAUUAGAUGGUUUUUCCUCCCCUUCUAUUGAGCAGUGUUUCUGCCAAAUAAUCUCUGGGAGAAUGUCUAUGAUUGGUUUCUUUCUGUUUAAAUAUGUGGGUUUUGUGUGUUGUAGCUGUAGUAAAGGGGUUUGAAAAAAUUGAGUCGUCAUAUAUGGUAUUGAGGUCAGGCAGAAAUGGAAAUGAAGUAUGAGGGAAAAUAGUAAUCAGAAGUAUGAUAAAAGAUAAAACUAUGUUGGAACAAAGAAAAGUUUGGAAAUGGGAUUUGUUCUUGGGAUGGUGGUAGUAAUCUUUCGCUUAGUUUCAAUGUUUGAUUUAUAUGAAAGGACUAACAUAGUGCCUACCUGAUGCAAACUUUUACCCAAUGAUAGUAAAUAUGUUCAUGUCGCCACCCCUCUCCCUCCCUGUAUUUACCCAAUGAUGUUGCUGUGCAACGCAAAGCAACUCUUUUGAAUACAGUGAUUCAUGGAAGAACACCAAUCCACCAUCUCAUUUGCUGCGGCACCGUUGUUUGUUUCUUUUAUCUUUUUGUAGUUGUGGAUGGUAUUUGCGAAACGCAUUUUGAACUUAAUAAUCCUUAAUACAGUUGUAUAUUGUGUUUUAAAACUGACGAUGAGCUUUGGAGCUAGAUUGUUUUCUUGAAUGGAAAGCAUAUAUUUUUCUGCAUGCCCCUUGUUAUUCCCCUUUUUGGUUAUUCUGAAGAAAAUUUGUCAUCUUUAUCAGUUUUAGCUUUUUGUUUGAAGUUUUAAGAUUUGGCAGUAUCUUCUUCUUAAGGGCGGUCUCUUUUCGUGAGCAGACAUUAGACGAUGCAGCAUUUAGAAGAGCAGUUAUCUGUCACAUGGAGGGGCAGAACAUUCAUUCUUGAGAUGGACCCAUCUGCUAAGCUCAAAGACUUGGGGGACAGAUUGCAAGAACUGACCAAUGUUAAGAGUGAUACAAUGCGGCUAAUUGUUCCUGCCAAAAAAGGCUCAAAAUUACUAUACCCCUUUUCAGAUGAGCACUCUAAUCUCUCCUUGGAAGCGGCAUCCACCAUUGAGGGAAAAUCAAUUAGGAUGAUGGGAGUGCCUGAAAAUGAGUUGGAUGAGGUCCUUCAAAGUGCAAAGACAGAUCUUCGAAUAGCUGGGUUUGAUGAAGAGGAAAAGAGAUUGAGGCAGAGGGCUAAGUAUGAUCAGAAUUCCUUUACAAGACUUCCUCAAGGAAAUUACAUAUUUUCUGAGUUUCGGACUCUCAGUUUACCUGGAAUUGAGUUGAACCCUCCUCCUUCUGAAGCUUUAAAGUUGAUGCAUAGGCUUGCCGCUGAUCCUGGAAUUGUAGCCAUAAUGAACAAGCAUCGGUGGCGAGUGGGAAUUAUGACAGAGAUGGCUCCAGUUGGUUAUGUUGGUGUCAGUCCUAAAUGCAUACUUGGUUUCAAUAAGAAUCAUGGAGAGGAAAUUUCAUUGCGUCUUCGAACUGAUGACCUCAAGGGUUUCAGGAAAUAUGAAAGCAUUAAAAUGACUCUUUGUCAUGAACUUGCACACAUGGUGUACUCAGAACAUGAUGCAAACUUCUAUGCGUUGGACAAACAGCUAAAUAAAGAAGCUGCUGUUUUGGAUUGGACCAAGUCAAAAGGCCACACCCUGAGUGAAGUCCGGCACACACCUGCAUUUCAUGAUGAAUAUGAGGAUGACAAACCAGUUACUUUAUCACGGAAACUUGGGGGCCAGGAGUCAGGGUUUUCUACCGUCCGUGCAUCUUCUGUGGCUGCUGCUUACCGACGAUUUGCAGAAACAUCUGAAAGUGUCGGGAGUUCUCCCAGAGUCAUGGAAGGUCCAGAUGGGCGGUGUGCCCCCUCUGGCUUGAAAAGUGAGGAGGUUGAUGUAACUGGUGUAGGCCAUUCAUUGAAAUCCAUUCAAGUGAAUAAGGAGCUGGAGAAUGAGGUUGAGAACCCUCUGGAUCAUUCUCAUUCAGAGAUCUUGAGAACUAUGGAAAAUGAACUACAAUCUUCUGACACUCUUAUAGUUCCAUCAAAGGACACUGGAACCAUGGAGAUCGAUGGAAACUUAAACCAGCCCAAUGUCAUCUCUGUAGAACCUGAGCCUGUUGAUUCUUUAGCUGGAAACGAGUAUACAGUGGACAUGCCUUAUAGCGAACCUGAUCCAGAUGAUUCUCAAGGUGGUGCAGUUGAACCUAAACCUGAUGAUAAUGCAAUGAUGGUUGAUGGUGGUGUGGCAAUGGAUCUGUCUGAUGAGCCUGAUCCAGAUGAUCUGGAGCUGCACAGAAUCCAAGACCCUGUAUCAGCUCUUUACAGUCGUUUGCAGAAGGCAAUAGAUAUGCUGAGAUCUGAAGUGGAUCUCUUGCAUGUUGCUACUGUGCAGCAAAACCUAUUGAAGAUAAUUCGGAAUGUCAUUGAACACCCUGGUGACAUGAAGUUCAAGAAAAUCCGGAAGGUAGCACAGUUAGUUUGUGCAUAAAAAGAGUUCUUAUUCAUGUGAAAUUUAUCAUGCAUAGAGGGUUCUAUUUUUCCUAAUGAUGAUUUGCUUGCAGGCUAAUGCUACAGUUCAGAGGAAUAUACUCCGUUAUGAAGGUAUGGACAACUCUACUUGUGCUGUUGUCUGCAUGUUGAGAUAGAAACUGAUACCAUGUAAUCCUUGGAAUUAAUCGUUGAGUGGCGUGAAUAACCACAAACUUUUGUUUUUUCCCCCUGGUAAGCGUAUGGAUUUUGGUUUUUUGUGAUCAGGGACUGUGUUGUUUGAUGGAAUUUGUAACGUGCAUAUACUGAAGUAACUGUAGAUUUGUGUUCUAUCUUGGGUGCUUCGAAUAUAUUGUCUUAAAAAGAGUAUUAAACCGAAGCAUUAGAUUGCUGUAUAUUAAGUUAGUUGAGAUCCUGAUUCUUUAGAUUGCAUGUAAAAUUUGAGGAAGAAACAAUAUGGAAUUGGUCACUGGAUUUUUGAAAAAUUGAUGUCAUUUUGAUGCCCGUAUUUUAUUGGGCGGAAGCCCGUUUCCGUUGCCCGCGUCAGGGUUCAACAGCACUAGUAAAGGGUAACAAGCUAUUUUAGGAUUAAUGUAAUUGGUUGUGUUACGGUCCUACAACCAAAUUUGGCUGACAUCCAUUUGCAUGUUCGAGUAAUCUGGGCUGUGCAGACAUAAUAUGUAAUCAUUCUUCUGUGGUAAGGACAGUGAACCAUCUCAGUGAUUAUCUAAAUUGGAACCAAUAAUAGCAAUUCACUUUAAUCAUACAGUUUCCUUUUGCUGAACAUUAAAUUUUCCUUUUGUGAAUUUUCCGGCGAAAAUCAUUGUAUAAAUGUUGUUUGAGAAAAGUAAUAUAUUUCUUAUUGGCUCUUUGACUGCUCUCUCUUUUCCCAGCUGCCAAGGAAUUGUUGCAGCUAGUAGGUUUCAGCGAAGAAACAGUUGUUGACGAAACAGGAAAGGCAGAAGCUUAUUUGGUUUUAAAGCGGGACGAUCCUGGUUUGCUAUGGUUGGUAAAAUCCUCCCUUGAGAGUUAAAAUGCUUAACAGAGCCACAUUGCCCUGUUCUGAAUGCCAGUGAUGCCUGCUAGGACACAAUUCUUCGAGCUGAUUUCACGCAGUAUUUUUGUUGUGAUUGUUAUUUUUCUGUGAAGAAUCUGAAGGUCAGUAUAAAAUCGAGGAAAUGUUGGUGGCAAAUCAAGGACAUGUCGUACUGUGGUGUUGUAGAAUUGUAUAAAAUCCUUUGUAUAUGUUGUGACAGUUUGGUUGCUUCUCUAAUUAAGGAACCAUAGGGUAUGUACAAGCAAUGAGCUUAAAUAAGAAUUUUUGUUGUAUUUUUCUUUGAUGGCUCAGUAUUAGUUUGAUUUUCGAGAUUAUUUUGAUAUUUAACUCUAGGAAAAAUAUGUAUUUUCAUUAAUCUUGUGGAAAAAGAUUCACCAAAGAAGCCUAGCGAGAAGAGAAAAGUAUACAUACAUUUCUUCUAUCUUCAAAUUCUUUCCGUAGUUUCUCCGUACAACAUUUAGUAUAGUAUUUGUGGUUCAUUUAAAGACGUAACUUGUAAAUUUGUAUAGUUGAUUUAUUAUUUAUAGCUAGGGUUUUUUGUUUACGAAGUCAUUCAUAUUGUAUAAAUACUACAUGAUUGUAUUAAUAAAAUCAUCAGUUGAUUAUUGUCUUUAUUA